AUGCUGAAGGGUGUUUGUGCUUGUUGUGAUGCUUUGACAAAGGAGGCAGCAAGUGUUUGACGCUAUAGCACAGCAACACACCCAGAACUGAGGUCACCUGAGCAGCAUAAAAGCAGAGGAGCUGCUCAGCAGCAGCAUCAAACCCCGGAGAACUCACCUGUACAUCAGGAUGAAGCUGAUCUUCUCUCUGUGUCUCAUCUAUGCGCUCUGCAGCUCAGCUGCUGCUCUUCAGUGUGUCGCCUGUGCAGAUCAGACAUGUUCAACCACAGUCAGUAAGACGUGCAGCUCAGAGACCAUGUGUAUUACAGCUUCCAUCAGAGCCACUUCAUCUCAAGGUUCAGGAGCAUUCAUCUACAAGGACUGUGCUGCUGCUUCUCUUUGUCCAACCACUGGAGCUGCAACCUUUUCCGCCGCCUUGACUUUUUCCAGUGCGAUUGCAUCAGCUCAGUGCUGCAACACGGCCAACUGCAACUCCCAGACCCUGACAUUUCCGGACCCUCCGUCUGCUAACGGCCGGACGUGUCCCGUCUGUGACCCGACCACCUCUCAGUGCAGCUCUACAGUUACAUGUUCAGGAGACCAGACCAGCUGCUUCCAAGCAACCAUGACAAACGGCUCAGCAACAUAUCCAGUUGUGGGCUGCGUGUCUCCAAACACAUGUGCAGCUGCAGCGAGCCUGAAUAACCUGCCUUUCAUGGAGAGCGUUGGUAACAUCGUCACUGGACCGACCUGCAGCGCCGCAACCAUCAUGACAACUGUUCAACCAACAAUCUCUACCACACAAGAAGCAACAACUGCUGCUGCAACAACCAUUGAAACCACAACUGUAGCUGCAGCAACCUCCACCAGCCCUACACCAGCGACAGCUCCCUCAUCAACCUCCACCACCCCUGCACCAAAGGCAGAUGGAGCACCAACUGUACCUGUAGCAACAGGUGGAGCAGCUACAACUGUUUCACCAUCUGUAACCAAUGGUGCAUCUGGUUCCAUGACUGUUUCUUCAUCUGUUACUAACGGUGCAGCAGGAGCUGGAACAACCCAGUCAACCACAGUGUCAACAACCAGCAGUUCUGGAGUUUCUGUCCAAAUGUGUCUUUUCAACCUCCUGCUUGGUCUUCUUGUCUUCAUGUUGUGAUUGAUGAUGGAUGUUUUAGGGAACUUACUUUUGUUGGGAAAGUUUUAUUUCCUUCUCAUAUUUAAGCAAAACAUCAGAUGGUUAACAAUAGAGAUGUAGGAAAUGUGAAAAAAGUUGUGAUAUUAACUUGAACGUUAAAAGUUAUUUUUUAAUAUAACUGCAAUUAUUUAACAUUCAUAUUUAUUGUUUGCAUUUUGAACAAAGUGAUAUUUAACAUUUAAUGAUUAAAACUCAGACAACUUAUUUAUAAAUCCUUUUAUUCAAUAUUUUUUUGU